AUGGAGAAAGAAUCACUUAUUGAGAAAUUUGAAUUUGGGUCUACUGACUAUUCUUCUAACCAAACUUCUGAAAUAUUUGAUCGACACAUUGUUCGCAGUUCACUUCUGGAUCUUACAAAUGUUUUAACACCUGUAGUGCGAUCUCGUCCUGCAGCCUUUCAUUUCUUGCCACUCGACCAUUCCUCAAUGGAAAAUACCUCUAAAUACUCGAAAUACUCACAGAUCAUCAGCCCAUUAAAUCUAUCAACUCCAGAUAAAAGCAGUUUCUCGCAAAUUACGACUGGAACUCCAAAUAAGAGAUGCUCGAGUGUUUCAAAUGAAUCAAGUUCUCUUGGUGAUCACAGCAGGACAAGGCAGUUACAGUGUCAACGCACUCAACAGCGUCCUGCUUUCAAAAGACUUGAUCGGUUCAAAAACGUGCGGGGAACAUCAAGCAGAAGUAGUUCUGACAAACUUUCCAACUUAUUUCCAACUGCAAUUACACGCUUCCGAGCGCAUCUGCAAGGUACCAGUAGCAACAGCUUGAUUUCUCCUUCACUUCCGUCAACGUCAACCCCAAAUAAGCUGGAAUCUCGUUAUAAAAAGCGUCGUAUACCUGAUGAGACGGGUAGUACUGAUAGCGCAAAAAGGGUGAAAGACGACGAGUCAGCGGAAGAAAGCGAUAAUGGUAGGACUGAUGAAAAUUUUGAAGAAGGAAUGGAAAUUGAUAUGGCUGAACCAUCUCCAGCUAGUCAGGACAGUGCAAUUGAAGAUGAAAGUAAUUUGGAUGAUGAAGGAAAUAUUUCAUUUCCUUCAGCUAUGUUUAAUCGAUCUCAUUCGUCAAGUUUUAUGGAAACAGGUGACAACAAAGAGCCUGAACCACCCUCUCAUCUUGAUGUUAAGUAUGAAUUGGAUAUAAUUAGAAAUCCGGAUAUUUCUUCAAGUGCUUUUGCAUGUAUUAGUGCAGAAACUUUGGCCGAUUUGCUCAGGUCGAUGACAAAAGAACAAUUUGCAGAACGAUUUAUACUUAUCGAUUGUCGUUAUCCAUUCGAGUUUAUGGGUGGACAUAUUCGCGGUGCUUAUAACUUAUUCGAUCCAGCUGACGUUGAAGCGGUUUUUUAUCCUGAUAAUAUCAGAGUACGAGCACAAUUAAUGAGCAAAAAGCCGAUUUUCUAUUGCGAAUUUUCGCAAAAACGAGGACCUUCAAUAGCAUAUGAAUUGCGUGCACUUGAUCGUAAAUUCAAUUUUGAAAGAUAUCCAGCGGUAGAUUAUCCGGAAAUGUAUCUGUUGGAAUAUGGUUAUCGCAAUUUCUACUUGUGUUUUAGUAACGAACCAGAUCUUAUUGAACCAAAUGGGUAUGUGGCAAUGAAUGAUGAAGCACAUAUAGAAGAACUAAAGAAUUACAAAUAUCAUCGCAUUAGAACAGUUGCUUCAGUUUAUCAUACAUUGGCAAGAGAUCGCUAUAAUAGACAGCGCAAGGAGUUAAAUACAAGUGCUAUGGAAGUUGAUGUAAACAUGAAGACGCCUACUCGUAUGCAUCCGAAGCAUUUAUUUAUGAGCUCACCCGAGUCUCCAUCACAGUUUCCAAGUACUCCUAAGAGCCGUCCUAUACGGGAUAGAAAAGGAGAUGCACCAAGAAGGAGUACUUGUCGUCGAUUGUUUAGUGAUGAUGAUUUUAAAGGAAAUGAUCCGGGUCCUGGUCCUAGUAAAGACAUUAUUUUUUGA